AUGUUUAUAUUUCUAUUGAUUAUUGUAAUUACUAAUGCAACAGAAAGUAUUAACAAUAAAGAAGUAAUUCACACACAUAUGUAUUCAAAACAACAUAAAAUAAUGUACAAUUUAUAUAAAGCAGAAUUAAAAGGUGAAGUAACAACACAAAUAACCGAUGAAGUACCAAAAAGUUCCCAACCAACAAUUCAAAAAGAACAAAGGAGUGAAGAAGAUACAAACACAAAAGAAGUUGGAAGUACAUUAAAUCCAAAGAAUAACCCAGAAGAUAGUGAAACAGGUAAAUCACUAAAUACAAAUACAGAAAACAAAGUAGAUAAAGGUGUUAAUGAACCAGCAAAAGGAGGUGAAGUCAAAACAGAAAAUAAUGCAGAAACAGAAACAAAUAAGCAAAGUGAAACAACUGAUAAAAGAUUAAAUCCAGAAAGUAGUACAACAGGACAAGAAGAAACAACACCAAAACAAACUAACGCAGGAAGUACAGGAAAAGGAGAAGAUCCAGUACCAAAAAGUGAAGGGGAAGUACCUUCUACAAAACCAGGAAGUAGUGAUAGUGAAAAAGGACAAGAAAGUAACAAAAAUGGACAAGGAGACAGUGGUGUAAACGAACAAGGAAAAGAAGGAAGUGGCACUGGUGCAGAUAGUAAAGAAAAAGGAGAAAUAAAUGACAAAGGAAAAGAAGAAAAAGCAACUAAUGAAAAAGAUGGUGGAAAUACGAAAGAUAAAGAAGGAAAAGAACAAGGAAAUAGUGUGACUGACGAUGGACAUAGUAAUAAAAAUGGUGAAAGUAACAAAGAAAAAGAUGGAAAUAGUGGAGAAACUGGGCAAAAAGAAGAGUCUGGAAAAAAUGGAGUUGCUGGACAAGAUGAAAAAAAAUGGAAGUGA